AGCAUUUGAAAAAGAUUUCGCAGACCUCAACAUUCUUGUUAAAUUAAGGCUUUUGUGCUUGAGCUUUGAUGAUAACACAGGCGGUGAAGAAUGAAUAUGAAUGAUAUGGACGGAAGAUCAAUCAUUGAGGAGAUCAAAAGAUUUAAUGGGGAGUCAUUCUUCGACUUGGGACAUCCAUUGCUGAAUGGCGUUGCAGAGAGCUUUGUAAAAGCUGCAGGAAUAGGAGCAGUGCAGGCUGUAUCAAGGGAGGCUUAUUACACUACAAUUGAAGGGUUUAAUGAUGAAGAGAGUGGCGUCGAAUUCGGUAACAAGAAGAGAGGACGUCUUCCCAGACGAGGAGAGUCACAUGGGAAAUCUCUGGAGGCAUUGGUUAAGACUGCUGGAAAAGAGUCCUUCCAGUGGGGCCUUGGAGCCGGUGUGUAUUCUGGUGUUACAUACGGAUUGAAGGAGGCCAGAGGAGGAACUCAUGACUGGAAAAAUGCAGCCAUUGCAGGAGCCUUGACAGGGGCAUCUGUGGCCCUCACUCAUGACGAGCCCAAUAAUGAUAGCAUUGUGCAGAGUGCCAUCACAGGGGCUGCUCUGUCCACGGUUGUUUCCAUUCUCAACAAGAUGUUUUAGCCUUGAAGUUUGCAAUAUUGGAUUAAUUAAUUCAACCAGGCAUUCACCAAACCUUAGUUUUAUGUGUUUUCAGCCUCAUAUAGUUGUCUACAGUUUAGUCCUAAAAAUACUGUAAAUUUGUCUUCUCUUACCUGGAACAACAUCUCUAUUACCAUCUGUUACUAGUAAAUUCAAUAAAUUAAUCCAUUCGUACUUGGUAUAGGAUACUUCUGGUGCCAUCACCAUUGUGACUUCCAUGAGUAUAAACUUGUUCAGUCCAUAUUCAUGUGAUGGACUUCUAUAAAUGAAUUUAUGGUUCAAGUUUGUAAAGCUGUAAAUUGCUAUUGAGGCAUAAAUCACGCUACCGUGAUGUAAACUGAGUAAGGGUGUAUUGAGUUAUGGAAUUAACUUAGUUGAUGUUUUCCUCUA